AUGUUUUAUUUUUGUUUAGAUCUUCUUUCAAUGAUAAAUAAUAAAUAUAAUGAAAAACAAGCAUUUCUUGAUCAUUCUAAUGAUCAUUAUUUAUUAUCAGCAAAUGAUGAUGAAACAAUAUCACGUUGUUUAAAAAUUCAGCGAAAUUUUAAACGUUUUUAUUUCACAACAAAACUUCGUUCAUCAUGGAUACGUAUUCUUUUAUAUACUUUUCUUGUUAUUAUUUAUUCAUUUUUUAUUAUAAAUUUCUAUGAUUAUGUCUAUGUUCAACCGGAUUUUUCAUCUAAAUUAUUAAGUUCUUCAUAUGCUUGUCAUGAUACAUCAUCAUGUGCUGUUAAAAAUGGUUUAUUAAUAACAAAUCAAAAAAUUAUAAUCAAUAAAAAUUUUUCGAAAAAUGCAUUUUUUUCUGCUUUAUAUACUGAUAAUUAUUUACUUGGUGCUCUUAUUCUUGGUUAUACAAUACGAAAAUAUCAUCCAAAUCAUCCAAUGUAUAUGCUUUAUUUUCAAGAUAGAUUAUACAAUGAAACAACACUUUGUGCUUUACGAAUAAUGGGAUGGCAAUUAAUGAAUGUUAAACGAAUUCCAUCUGUACCUGGUACAAAUAAAAAAUAUGUUGAUCAAUUUACAAAAUUAAUUCUUUGGAAUAUGACACAAUUUGAUUCAAUUAUUUAUCUUGAUUGUGAUACAGUUGUUUUAAAUGAUCUUUCUCAUUUACAUGAACUUGUUAUGGAACCAUGGCGAACUGGUUUUGAAUUUGCUGCUGCAACAGAUAAUUGGUUUGGAACAUAUAUCUAUAAAUUUAAUGCUGGUGUACUUGUUCUACAUCCAUCACAACUUGUUUUUAAUGAACUUAUACGUACAUAUACAAUACCAGGAAAUUAUCGUACUGUCAUGGCUGAACAAGAAUUUCUUAAUCAAUUUUUUCGUCUUCGCUAUUUACAAUUACCAACAGUUUAUAAUAUGAAUAUGGCUGUUUAUUCUAGUAAACAAUAUUUAUGGGAAACAUUGAAACCAGAUUUUAAAGUUGUACAUUUUACUAUAAGAAAACCAUUUAUGUCAAAUGGAAAAAGUACACAAGGAUAUAAAGGUGUUUAUAAAUUAUAUGAUGAAGUUUAUAAAGAUUUUCUUAACAAUAUAAAUGUAUCUUUACUUCGAACAUCUUGUUAUAUGAUUUUAUAA